ACAUUGAGACCUCACUCUGUCACUCUCAUCACAGCUUUUUCUUCUUUUCUCUUACUUACUCCCACUUACCUAAAGACUUUAGACCAAGGCCAAAGUUUUGAGCUUUACUUUGUAUUAACAUUUAGUGAGUGUCAUACUGUCAUAUAGUAUAUAUACUCAGCUCCCAGCUAGCUAGCUACCUCUUUGUGUGGGCUUUUUGUGUAGUGAAAAAAAUGAAUCAAGAAAUGAAUGGGGUUGACACUGAUAGUUACCAAGAGAAUGGGUAUGAGAAAAUUGAUUAUGUGUUCAAGGUGGUGGUGAUCGGAGACUCGGCUGUGGGAAAGAGUCAGCUCUUGUCCAGGUUUACUAAGAAUGAGUUCUGCUUUGACUCCAAGUCCACCAUUGGGGUUGAGUUCCAGACCAGGACUGUUACCAUUAAAGGCAAAGUCAUCAAGGCCCAGAUCUGGGACACUGCUGGCCAAGAAAGGUACCGGGCUGUGACAAGUGCAUACUACAGGGGUGCACUAGGGGCCAUGCUGGUCUACGAUAUCACCAAGAGACCCAGCUUUGAUCAUGUGGCAAGAUGGGUUGAGGAACUCAGGGCCCAUGCUGAUAAUUCAAUUGUGAUCACCCUGAUUGGGAACAAAGCUGAUCUUGUAGACCUGAGGGCUGUGCCCACUGAAGAUGCUAUUGAGUUUGCAGAGGAGCAAGGCCUUUUUUUCUCAGAGACAUCAGCUCUCAGUGGUGACAAUGUGGACACUGCAUUUUUUAGGCUGCUAGAGGAAAUUCAUGGUGUGAUUUCUAAGAAGAAUUUGGAAUGUGUCAAUGGAAAAUCCAAUGGUGGUGAUGUCCAGGCACUCAAAGGGUCCAAGAUUGAUGUUAUUUCUGGGGCUGAGUUGGAAAUUAGUGAGAUGAAGAAAUUAUCUGCAUGUUCUUGUUAAAUCCUUCUAUUGAGAAGGAAAUCUCUUCUGUGGUGGCUAGCUAUCUUUUAGGGGAGUAAUAUGGUGGGAGAUGCGUAAUUUUUUUUUUUUUUUUAAUUUUUUUUAUAUGUGUUAUAUUGGUAGGUCUUAACUCUAUGAAUGUCAGCUGACUUAGCUGACAGUUUUUUUGUCCUUGAAAAAUGAGAGACUAUAAUCAAAUCCGAUCUACCCAAAAAAA